AUGGCGUCACCUCACGUGGGGGCUGCUGCUGCCGAAGUCCUCACUGAAAAGGCCACCCAGAGAGGGGCUCAUAGUGCCGCUGGCUCCGAGACGGGGCCUGCCGAUGAGGCUGUGGAGUUACGGGUCUUCCUGGUCUGGAGAGCCCUGAGCUGCACUUCUGCAUUGCGCAGCCAGCCAGCUCAGCCUCGGCUGUGCGAGCAUAGAGAAGAGGGACCAGCAACGCAACUGGGUGGGGGUACCAAGCUGACCCAGCCCAGCUCUUUUAUCUCUCAGCUACCACCAUCCCUCUGCCUGACCCUCCCGAGCCCCGGGGGGCCCCGGACCAACCAGACAGCCCAGGUGGACGUGGCCCAGAACAUGGCAACCAUCAGAGUGACCCCCAUGCAGGGCAACCGGAGCUGGGCAGUGCUGCUGGACGGGCAGAGUGUGAGUGUGCUGGGGACGGGCGGGGCCGGAGCUGUGGCCCCCAGCCUCAUCCACCUGCCUCCCCAGGGCUGCGUCUGCUACCGGCCACCAGGGCACCCCGCCUGCUUCCUCCGCCUCAUGGAGCCCCGAGAUCGAGAGCGCCUGCGGCUGCUGGUGAACUCCUCACGGGUCUCCGAUUCAGUCGACCCCCAGAAACCCCGCUACACCCAGGAGCUGCUGGCGGUACUGGGGAGCCGAGAGGUGGACCCUACUCAGGUGGGGGCUGCAGUGCGGCACCUCUGUGCCGAAACCCCCAUCUACUGGGCCCACCCUGCCCAGGGUGAGUGAGCCUGGUGGCUGGUGGAGGCAGACUGGCGGGGGGUGGGGGGGAGCAUGGACUCACAGAGCACCUCCCCAGGGCCCCGGAAGCAGCGGCUGAUCUAUCUGUGCAUCGACAUCUGCUUCCCGAGUAAUGUCUGUGUGUCUGUCUGCUUCUACUACCUGCCAGACUGAGCCGACCGCAGAGGACGGCGCCAAUAAACCCCUCCACGUGC